AUGGAUCUGCUGACGGAACGACCACACCCUGUGACGCUCACUGUGGCACAAUCGCCACUUUUUGGCAGCAGCGCACACGGCGUCAUUUACCAGGCGGUGGAGGACGCCACUGAGUUCUCGGCGCUGCUUGACUUUGCCAUAUCCAGGGCUGGCGGUGAGCCGGGGGAGGAGCGCGGCAUUGUUCUCAUGCCAGUCAUCCUAAAGCAAAUUCCUACGCACACGCCCCACACCAAGGGGGAUGAGGAGGACAUUGUGCUUUCUUCUCUCCUUGUCACCUGCGUCGAGGACUGCAACAUUUCACUACAAUUGCAUUCUUGA